UUCUCUAAAAAGCUGCUCUCAGUACACAGAAGUCACCUUCACUUUGAGCUACAUUAGCUCACUGCAAAGAAAACCAUGAGGAUCGCAUUCAUUUGCCUUUUUCUUGGUCUUGGAUUUCUUCUUGUCCAUGCAGAUGGAUCAGGAAUAACUGGACAACACCAAAUGUGGUAUGAUGAAAUUCUGAAGUAUUUACAAGCUGUGGCAUUGAAUUUCCAGGACUGUAAUCCAUUGGAUGAUGAAGUCAGUGGUUUCAGUGGCAGCGUAAUAGACUGUGAUCCUGACACUAUUCCUUAUAAUGCAUCCAGCUGCUUCUGUGAAAAAGGAUAUAUGAUGAUGACCUUUGUGGGAAUAAAUGAGUGUUUUUGUGAAAAAAUUCCCUACCACUGCCAGCCAGAUAUAAUGAGAGGAAAUGACAAUGUAAUGAAGUGUUUAAAUGCAACAAAACAAAAUUCCCUGGGCCAUAACAGCAGCUUCUAUUGCUCAGUGGUGGAGUCUACCUUCAGUCUCUUGUCAUUUGCCUGUGAAAAUGACAGCCUGGCAUUUUCCUUGGAGGAAACAGCAGAAUCGUUUGAAAAGCUUGUCAAUAAUUCUGUCUGGAAUACUGAGGCAAAGGAGGAUGUUGUAUCUACUGUGAUGCUAGUUAUGGAAGAGCUAGGAUCCACUGCUGUAACAACAGCUCUCUCAUCUCCAGAGACACCCAUCCAGACUGUGACUACUAAGUCAGUAGUGAUUCAAACACAACUCAUGAAUGAAGAACAGAUUUCCAGAAGAGAAACUAUGAGGUUAGAUGCCCAAGGAGACCAACUGGCUAUUCAUCCAAGUGCACUGGCUAGGACAGCCACUCAAGGUUACAUUGCUGUGGCUUUUUUAUCAUUCAAUGGGCUGGAAUCACUCCUAGGAAAUUCCUCUUCCCUGCAGAAUAUGACUCUGCAGAAUGGCAAAAAGCUGGAAAACAUCCGUAUGAACUCCAGGGUAGUAAGUGCUUCUACCAGCAGCUGGAUGAGAAAUAUUUCCAUCCCUAUCAACCUCACUUUUUGUCACCUUGAGGACAAGGAUCCCCAGAAAGAAGCUAUUUGUGUCCAGUUGAGCUCUGCAAGCAAGGAUAGUGCCUGGACUCCUGAGGGCUGUUGGCAUCUCCAUUCUAACAACUCUCAUUCCAAAUGCAGUUGUCAAUAUUUCUCUACAUAUGCUGUGUUGAUGGCUACCAUUCCCAAGCAAGGGGAUCUGGUUCUUGUCUUCAUCAGCUACAUUGGACUGAUCAUUUCAAUCGUCUGCCUCUUCCUAUCCAUUGUAACAUUUCUCUACUGCCGCUCCGUCCAAAAUAGUAGCACUUUCAUCCACCUACAGCUGGGCUUCUGCCUCUUCUUUGCAGACAUUCUCUUCUUAGCAGGAAUAGACAAAACAUACAACAAGGUUCUGUGCUCAGUUGUUGCUGGAAUGCUGCAUUACGUCUUCCUGGCCUGCUUUCUGUGGAUGUUCUUGGAAGGUGUGAAUCUGUACUUCAUUGUCAAGAAUCUGAAAGUGGCAAAUUACAGUGGUGCCAACAAACAUGUGAGGAUAUGCAUGUACCUCUGUGGCUAUGGGAUCCCUGCCUUGAUAGUAGCAAUUUCUGCAGCAAGUGCUCCAUGGGCCUAUGGGACUCAUUAUCACUGUUGGCUUAAUCCUGAUAAAGGUUUUCACUGGAGUUUUCUGGGACCAGUCUGUGCCAUAAUUGUGAUCAAUACAGUGUUUUUCUGCCUUAUUCUGAAGAUCUUGCAUGAGAAGCUUGCAUCUCUCAAUUCAAAAGUAUCUACCUUGAAAAAUACCAGGUCACUGACAUUUAAGGCCAUAGCCCAUCUGUUCAUCUUGGGCUUGACUUGGUGCUUCGGUCUCUUUCAGUUUGGACCACUGGCUGAUAUUAUGGCAUAUCUGUUCACCCUCACCAACAGUGCACAGGGAGCCUUCAUCUUCCUGGUGCACUGCUUGCUCAACAAAAAGGUGAGAGAGGCAUAUUGGAAUUGGAUUUGUUGGCGCAAAACUAUCCAGCUUCCAUCUACUGAGAUAUCCAUGACUGCUUCUCCCUCUAGUGUUACCACGGAAAAUUUACAAAGCACUACUCCAGUACAGCAACAGCAAGCAAUGGAGAAGAGAGAUCCAUAA